AUGUUUCAGCGUCUUCGCGAAGCUAUCGACUCUCGGAUUGCAGAGGAACAAGCCCGACAACGAUCUUCUCAAGACUCCCUUGCCCGCUCUAACUCCGCUCGCCGCCCGCCUGGUCGCAACCUGUCCCCGAGCAGGCGAACCACUCGUCCCCGGCGGAAUACUGGAACCCCCGUGCGAGGUCCUGACCCGAUAGAGUUUGAGCCAGAAUUUGCUAUUGGAGAUGACGACUCAUCUAGUAGGUCGGCCACACCGCGACCGGAGACCGCUACGGGCCCCGAGGCGACCGCAGAGGAAAACGCUGGAGAAGGUGGAGGCGCAACGGAGGGCGUGUCAAAUGGGAAGGGGAAUGCUACAGUUACAGAUGCUACUCAGCCCUCUUCAGAGCUCCCCCCUGACGUGAGAGCAAAGCUACGGAGGUUGAGCAAGCUGGAAACUCGUUAUCAGGGUAUAGUACAGCCUCGUCGUAGUUGUGGGCUAAGGGCGCUAAUUUUCUGGUACAAUUUAGAGCUCCUCAAAGCAUAUCGAGUCGCCCAUUCCCGCAUCCUAUCAAUCGAACCCUUCGAGGCUUCCUUACGCGAGAACACUCCUUUGACUUCAAUCAGCGAUCCCAAGGCCUUGACCGAAUACCUGAACCAGAUUUCACUCAAAGGGGAUAUGGUGCUGGAAGAGCUGAAGCGUGUAACAACUGACAGAGAUGAAUACAAGGGGAAAUUGGAACGGGCACAAGAGUCCGAGAAAGCUGCGUUAGAGGAAUUAAGAACCCUCAAGGAAGCUAGCAAACAAAACGCACGGUCAGAAGGUGGUGAAAAUAGCUCAUCACCCAAGGAAUCACUCAAGGAGGCCAAGCAGGAGAGUGAGGAAUUCUUCUCCUUUGACAAUGAAAUCCCGCGCUUGGAAUCAGAAUUGAAAGAGAAACAGGAAGAAAUUGACAGCCUGAAGACCCAAGCAGAAAACCUAAAGCGGGAUUUGUCGGUAGCACGUGAGUCGACUGAAGGCAUGGUGCUUAACCUGGAGUCCGCCACUCGAGAGCUCACGGAACUACGCGACUUCAAGGACAGGCAGGAAACGGACAUGGAGAAGCUGAAGGCCUUGAAGCAAGGCGAAAUCGACGACCUCAAGUCCAAGCUUGAAACAUCGGAGAAAGUCAUGGCUGACACCAGCACCGAAGUGGACAAGCUCAAGGCUGAGCUGAAGCUGAAAGCAGAUGAUAUCGAGCAGCUUCAGACUCAAACCGCCCAAGCCGGAGAUUCUGAUCAACAGGCGGAGCUGACUUUGAAACUAGAAGAGGCUAAACAAGAAAAAGAGGCGAACGAAAAGCGUCUUGGAGUGUUACAGGGCUUAGUGGACAACCUUAGAACCCAGCUCAAGGAUGCUCAGGAGACAAUGUCAAACUUGAAAUCGGAUGUGGAACAGAAGACGGAAGAUUUUGGCAGACUGAAGAAUAUUAUUGAUUUCCUUGACGGAAAUAUGAAGGACAAUUUGAAAUGGCAGCAAGCUAAGGACAAGGUGACGAGGGGCCAAACGGCCGAUUUUGAAGCGCUUCGACAGACCCUAGCUCCCUCUCAAAGUUUGGAGCCCGCAGACGAGACGGCGGAAGCAUCUAGCCAGCCUGUUAAUCUCCCAAGUAAUUCGGGAGGCGGAAAGAAAAAGAAGGGCAAAAAGAAGAAGGGUGGUAAAGGUGGAGAAGAGGCCAGUAACUCAGCAAGUACUACUGACAAUAAAACUGCACAACCGCCGUCAUCUCCCCCUCAAACUGAGCAAACAAGCACCCCUCUUAUUGAACUUGAGAAGAAGAUUGAAGAAUUGGCGCAGCAACUCAAGGAGAAGGAAGCAGCAAUCAACCGGCUUGAUUCUAAACUCAAGGGGGAGGAGGAGCUGAAGGAGGAGAUCGAGUCCCUUCGUGAUGAUCUUCUCAACAUUGGUCAAGAACAUGUCGCAGCAAAGGACAAGAUCAAGGAGCUUACCGCUGAAAAGACAGCUUUGGAAGGAACCAUUGCCAUAUUAGAGAAAGAGAUUACUGAUCUUCGUGAAAAUAAUGAGUCCAAGAAUGCAGACUCUGAAAAAGCUCACAACGAUCUCAAGGGCGAGUAUGAGGACCUCAAAGUUAAAUUCACCUCCCUUGAAACCGAGCUAUCUGCCGCGCAGCAGCUGGCAACCACGCGUUUUAAAGAUCUGACGGAUCUGCGAGAGACGCUCCAAAAGGUACAGCCUGAGCUCAAGAAGCUGCGAGCUGAAAGUGCAGAACUCAAGUCGACUAAAGAGGAUCUAACAAGCAAAACUGGCGAGUUGAGGACACUGGAGGGCCGACAUGAUGAUUUGCAGGCGGAGCUUAAGACCUUGAAGACCACUAUCUCUGACCGCGAGACCGAAGUCAAGACGCUUAACCAGAAGAUUAAGCAAGAAAUCGACAGUCGCCUGAAAGCCGAGGAGAACUUGACAAUUGCACAAUCUGACCUGCGGUACUCCGAGAGCCGGAAACAACAAGCCAUAGAGACUAAACAGAAGCUUUUGACCGACCUCUCCAAUGUCCAGGAUGAGCUGAAGACUGCCCGGGGCCGACUACGGGAGUACGAACAACAGACUACUCAGCUCAACAAGGAUCUCGAGGGCUUGCGAGAGGAAAUCCAGCUGAAGACAGCUCAACACGCAAGCGCACAAAGCCUGAUGAACAGCAUGCGCGACCAGGCUGCAGAGUUAGGUAUGCAGAUGAAGGAGGCCCGAGAACGCUGUGAGAGCUUGGAGGAGGAAUUGGCCGAUGCCCAUCGUCUCCUCAGCGAGCGCACGCGUGAAGGUGAAACCAUGCGACGUCUGCUCAACGAUAUCGAGGGCCGGGCCGAGGCAAAGACCCGCGAUUUCAAGGAGAGGAUGGAGGCGGCCAUCGAAGAGCGAGACCGCGCGGAGGAUGAAGCAAGUGCUCAGGGACGACGCCGGUCUCGAGAGUUAGAGGAGCUCAAGGCGAAAAUUCGCGAAAUCGAAAAGGCUUUGCGGAGCGCGCAGGAGGACAAGGAAGAAUUGGAGCAUUCGCAAAAGGACUGGAAGCGCAGACGCGAUCAACUCGAAGCACAAUCAGAAAGUGCCGCACAAGAGCUCAGCGACAUACAGCAGGCAAUGGCUCGAAUGCGCGAUGCCCUCGAUGAAAGCGAGAAGCAGGUCCGCGAUCUGGAGAAAGAAAAGGCUGAGCUGCGUCGUUCAGUGGAGGAAACCAAUGCUCGACUUGAGAAGGUGCGCAAGUCCAACAAGAUGCUGGACGAGGGCCGGUUUGCCGCCAACCCCCAGUCGUCGCGCUCGUCGAUUGACUCUGGUUCUCGGAGAGGAGUAACUCCUCCCAUGUCCAAGGACCGCAGCCCAUCGAUACAGAGAGGUGAAACCCCGACGGGCACCAUUGACUACAUCUACCUAAAGAAUGUGCUCCUCCAGUUCCUAGAACAAAGGGACAAGAAUUAUCAGAAGCAAUUGAUCCCUGUCCUGGGGAUGCUUCUGCAUUUCGACCGAACGGAUGAGCAAAAGUGGAUGGCAGCUAUAACCUCUAAAUAA